AUGGAAGAAACAACUCGUAGUGCUAAUAAUGCUAGUGAGUCUAUUGAUUUUAACAGGAAAAGGGCUGAGGGUAGAGAUGGAAGUGACAUGCCCAAGAAGCAUUUGCAGCUUAAAGUCCGGAAGCUCAAUCCUGCGAAUACCAUUUCCUAUGUUCAGAUUCUUGGAACUGGUAUGGAUACCCAGGACACAUCUCCAUCAGUGCUACUAUUUUUUGACAAGCAGAGAUUUAUAUUUAAUGCUGGAGAAGGAUUGCAACGAUUUUGCACUGAGCAUAAAAUCAAAUUGUCGAAGAUUGAUCACAUAUUUCUCUCACGUGUUUGCUCAGAAACUGCUGGUGGACUUCCAGGUCUUUUGUUGACUCUGGCUGGCAUAGGAGAUGUAGGAGUUUCUGUCAAUAUAUGGGGUCCCUCAGAUCUCAAGUAUCUGGUUGAUGCAAUGAAAUCUUUCAUUCUUAAUGCUGCUAUGGUUCAUACCCAUAGCUUUGAUCCAAUGCAUGAUUCUAAUGGCACUGCUAUUUCCAUGUCUCGGAAGUUUGAUGAUCCUGUCGAUCUUAUUAAUGAUGAAGUUGUCAAAAUAUCUGCAAUAGUCCUUCGACCGAAUGAUCCAGAAACGGGUCUGGAUGAGACCAAGCCUGCAAACCUUUCUGUGAUUUACAUUUGUGAAUUGCCAGAAAUAAAGGGAAAAUUUGAUCCCGACAAAGCUGCUUCUCUUGGAUUGAGACCUGGGCCGAAGUAUCGUGAACUGCAACUUGGAAAUUCCGUGAUGUCAGAUCAUCAAAAUAUUAGGGUUAAGCCAAGUCAUGUACUCGGUCCUUCUGUUCCUGGCCCUAUAGUGCUGCUAGUUGACUGCCCAACGCUACUGCAUUUACAACAGUUGCUGUCUGUACAAAGUCUCGUUCCUUAUUAUGCAGCUACGACUGGGAAUGUACUGGAAGGUUCCAAAACAGUGCAUUGUGUAAUUCAUCUAAGUCCUGCAACUAUCACAAACACAGCUGAUUAUCAAUUAUGGAUGUCAAAAUUUGGUGCUGCUCAGCAUAUUAUGGCAGGGCAUCAAAUGAAGAAUGUUGAGGUGCCAAUUUUAAAAGCAAGUGCUAGAAUUGGAGCACGACUUAACCACCUGUGUCCUCAUUUCUUUCCAGCUCCUGGAUUUUGGUCUCUUCAGCACCUGAAGUCUUUGUCAUCUGGCUUGAAGGCAUCAAAUAAGGAUCUAGUGCCAGGCAUUAUUGAAACCGUUUCAGCAGAGAAUCUUCUCAAGUUCCAUUUUCGACCUUACGCAAAUCUUGGGCUCGACAGAUCUGGUAUUCCAAAUCUGACAUCUCGUUCAGUGAUCAUUGACGAACUACUAUCAGAGAUUCCUGAGAUUGCAGAUGCUUCGCAAGAAUUAAACCAGUUGUGGUCAGGGAACACAGAAACUAAUGGAGAGAAGACAGUUAUGCAAGCUAACCGAGUUAUGACUGAAGAGCCAUGGUUGCCCGAUGGUGCACUUCCAGACUGUCUGGAAGAUGUAACUAGAGAUGACAUGGAGAUUGUUUUUCUCGGGACUGGUUCGUCUCAACCUUCAAAGUAUCGAAAUGUUAGUUCCAUCUUCAUCAAUCUUUUUUCGAAAGGAUGUUUACUUUUAGAUUGUGGGGAAGGAACGCUGGGACAACUAAAAAGAAGAUUUGGCAUUGAAGGUGCUGAUGAAGCUGUAAGAAGUUUAAGAUGUAUUUGGAUUUCCCAUAUUCAUGCCGACCAUCAUACAGGUCUGGCAAGGAUACUAGCGCUUCGGAGUUCUUUAUUGAAGGGAGUACCUCAUGAACCACUAAUCGUUGUUGGCCCGAGGCAGCUUAAGAGAUAUCUGGAUGCAUACCAGAGACUUGAGGAUCUAGAUAUGCAGUUUCUUGAUUGUAGGCAUACAACAGAAACUUCACUUGUGGCUUUUGAUUCCAAUGACGAUGACACCAAAUUUCAAAAAGCAAAAAAUGGAAAUACAAUUCGUCAAGAGGAGGAACAUGUUGAUUCUAAUUUGUUCACUAGAGGAAGUCGUAUGCAAAGCUACUGGAAGAAGCCAGGAAGUCCUACUGCAAAUGCUGCUGCCCUUCCAAUCCUCAAGUCCUUGAAGAAGGUCCUCAUGGAAGCUGGAUUAGAGACAUUAAUAAGUUUUCCUGUUGUUCAUUGUCCACAAGCAUUUGGUGUCGCGUUGAAGGCUUCAAAUAGAAUCAACAGAAUUGGAAAAACAAUACCCGGGUGGAAAAUAGUGUACUCUGGUGACACUAGGCCCUGUCCAGAACUUGUCAAGGCUUCUUGCGGAGCAACAGUUCUUAUACAUGAGGCAACAUUCGAAGAUAGCCUGAUGGACGAGGCUAUUGCAAAAAACCACAGCACAACAAAAGAAGCUGUGGAAGUAGGCGACUCAAGUGGAGUGUAUCGGGUAAUCCUCACUCACUUCAGCCAAAGAUACCCAAAAAUUCCAGUAUUUGACGAAACUCACAUGAAUAACACGUGUAUUGCAUUCGACUUGAUGAGUGUUAACUUAGCAGAUUUGCCUCUUCUUCCAAGAGUAUUGCCAUACCUCAAACUCAUGUUUAAAGAUGAGAUGAUCAUUGAUGAAUCUGAAGAUGUAGAUUUUGUAACUGCAGCCCUUUAA